AUGCAGAUUACAAUAUGCGCAAAAGUUAUAAACUUCAUAGACUGCUUAGGAAAGAUGGUAUCCAAGUUGGCCCACCCUCAGGUCCUUUACUGCUGCUUGACAAGGCGAUUUCCUUCGCUCAUUCAGCUCUGGGAUUGCGGAUGCCUCAUGUUUAGGGGCCGUGGAGAGUUGCUCAUGGUUGUCGGUCUGGGGGUCAUAUCGGGGUGGUACAUCUUCGGCCUGCCGCUGCAGGAGGUUUUGAUUUUGGAGGAGGCCAACGGAUUCGCAACGCGGCGCUAUGACAACGUGUGGCUCGAAAUUCGCAACAUGUCCGUUCGCGCACACGGAGGAGUCCUCGGAGUGAACGAGCCCGGUUACUGCGAUCAGUGA